AGCGACAGAGGCAGGCCCUAAGUCAGAGGUGAAGAAAGCAAGACAGGAGUCCUCCCAGACAGCAGGGGGCAGCAGCAGCAGGCAUGCAGGACUCCACCUCAGACAGCAUGCUGGCGAUGGCCAAACAGGAACAGAACUCCAAGCAUCUGGACGAACACAGAGAAACAGACGAAAUGUCUGAGAAGACGUCGCCAAACAAGAACCUCAAAUCCCCCCAGAAAGGCUCCAAGCGACUGAAAACGGCCCCCUUCAAAAUGACGCUGCUGGACACUUCUGACUUUGAAGGAGAAAUCGAGAAACACUCAAGAGGACAGACCCUGAUUGACAUGGUGUGUGAGCACCUCAACCUACUGGAGAAGGACUACUUUGGCCUGACCUUUGCUGACACAGACACCCAGAAGAACUGGUUGGACCCCUCCAAGGAGAUCAAGAAGCAGAUGCGCAACUCUCCGUGGAACUUUGCUUUCUCAGUCAAGUUCUACCCUCCAGACCCCUCCCAGCUCACUGAGGAUAUCACCAGAUACUACCUAUGUCUGCAGCUGAGGGAUGACAUGCUGUCAGGUCGACUGCCUUGCUCGUUCGUCACUCAUGCCCUUCUGGGCUCCUACUCCGUUCAAGCCGAGCUGGGAGACUAUGACCAGGAUGACCACGGCUCGGACUAUGUCAGCGAUUUCCGCUUUGCCCCCAAUCAGACUCGCGAGCUGGAGGAGAGGGUUAUGGAGCUCCAUCGGAACUACAAGGGGAUGACUCCAGCAGAGGCUGAAAUUAACUUCUUGGAGAAUGCGAAGAAACUGUCCAUGUACGGUGUGGACCUCCACCAUGCUAAGGAUUCUGAAGGGAUUGACAUAAUGCUGGGGGUCUGUGCCAACGGUCUGCUGAUUUACAGAGAUAGGCUGAGAAUCAACCGCUUUGCCUGGCCAAAGAUCCUAAAGAUCUCUUAUAAGAGGAGCAACUUCUACAUCAAGAUACGACCUGGAGAGUACGAGCAGUUUGAAAGUACAAUCGGUUUUAAGCUUCCCAACCACAGAGCUGCCAAGAGGCUGUGGAAGGUCUGCAUUGAGCAUCACACUUUCUUCCGGCUGGUAUCUCCAGAGCCUCCACCUAAGGGCUUCUUGGUUAUGGGUUCAAAGUUCAGAUACAGCGGACGGACACAGGCUCAAACCAGACAGGCCAGCGCGCUCAUCGACCGGCCUGCUCCACACUUUGAACGCUCCACCAGCAAGAGGUACCUGCUGUCCAGGAGCUUGGAUGGAGAGUUCUCGCGGCCAGCCUCAGCCAUGUGUGAGAACCACGACGGCCUGUCCCACCGCAGCGCCGGCGAACAGCGUCACCUCCACAGCCCCUCCAUGGACGAGCAGGAGACCGAGCUGGAGCCCAGCAUGGAGCAGGACGAGGACCCAGACCAGGGCACGGAGUCGGAGCAGGAAAAAGACUUCGAUGGCAACGUCAGUCCAAGCCGAAAGAAGGAGAUCAUGUUCCUGGACAAGUCUCAGGACGUCUUGCUGAAGCACCAGGCCAGCAUCAAUGAGCUGAAGAGAGCCCUGAGGGAACCCAACAGCAAGUUGAUGACCCGUGAGCAGCGUCUGUCUGGAAGCUCCCCGACCAGCACACCAGAGAAGAAGGCUCCUCCUGUGGCGAGGAAAGACGCCAGUGCUGUGAAUGCAGCCCAUAUCCUGAAGAGGACCGACUCCAAGAGUGAAACACAAACUAAUGGAUCUGAGCUCCAUCCCAACACCGUCAACAUCUCCUCACAGAACUUUGGAGCCGUCAGCCCACUGGAGGCUCCUGCUGCCCUUAAAGAAAAUGGCUCCCCUGUCAAAGCCAGCACCCAGGGGAGGGAGUCUGUCGUGUCCCCGGUGACCAUCACCGCUGAGAACGUCACCUCGGCAACCACAACUCAAGUUACCAAGACUGUGAAAGGAGGCUACUCAGAGACCAGAAUCGAGAAAAGGAUUAUCAUCACAGGAGACGAUGACGUGGACCAACAUCAGGCCCUCGCCAUGGCGAUCCAGGAGGCCAAGCAGCAGCACCCCGACAUGCUGGUGACGAAAGCAGUGGUCAUCAGGGAAACAGAGUCGCCCACCGAGGAUGUGCAGCAGAAGGCAGAGUCCUGAUCGGUAAAGAUGGCCCCUGAGACGGGGAGACACAAGAGGGAUCCUCCAGCUGUGUGUGUCACCUGCCCCCCCCUUGCAGUACGCCACCAAGAGGACUAUCUACUGAGAACAGACUGCGUUCCACGAGGCAGUCAGCUUCACUCCUGUCCCUUUAGACAAACCAACUGU